AUUCUAGAAAAUCAUUUAUCAGCAAUCUCUAAUACUAUGGUGUUCAAUCUUCUUCAGAAUAAAGAUUUUUAUAUUAAAUGCUGUCAGAUUUCUGUUAUUUUAAAACCUGUAAAAGAAUUAACAAAUUGUUUAGAAGCAAGAACAGCCAAUUUAGCUGAUGUUUUUAUUGGUUUGGUUAAGUUAGCAGCAAGUAUUAAUCAAGUUGAAAAUUCUAACCCAUGGAAAAAUAAUAUUAUUACCGAUUUUAAUCAACGAUUUGAUGAACUUAUCCAAAUAUUUUUAGGUCAUGGCUUAAAAAAAACAGCAUUGGAUAAAAUUUAUAAAACAGAUGCAUUAAUUUGGAAUAAUUUACAUUAUUCAAAAGAAUUAUGUGAACAACUAUUAACAGAAAUCUUAAAUACUGAGGAUGAUCAAGAGCAACUUUUACAAUUAGCAUUAUUUUUAAAUGAAAAUACUAAUGGGGUUAAUAAUUUGGAUGAUAACGAUAAUAGUAAAAUCUUAGAAAGUUUAACAUUAAAUAUCGUGGAUUUUGUAAAUUUAGCAUUGCCAGAAUUUUCAACAACUGGAGAUACAAUGUUUUUUUCAGAAUCUGUUACAACUAAUCAGGAUAGAGAUAUAGGUAAUAUGAAUUAUGAUACUAUUGAGUUAGCACAUCAAAUGGCAUUACAAGAUGAUGAUUAA